AUGAGCGCCAAUAAAAUUUUUCUGCGCUACUAUCCGCCAGGUUUGGCCUUGAGCUAUAGAUCAGCUACGGGCGGAGAGCGGCUACGACAUUUUGAUUUACUCGACUUGAAUAUCAAAACAAAUGUGGAGGAGCUAGCAGAUAGCGUAAUAAUCCAGGAGCUGGAGGCGAUUGAGUCGGAGCGUGGCCAGGGAGACGUUGCUGCAGAUAAUUCCACAUUCUGCCUGUCCGCCAAUUCCAAGGCCUCCAGCUCCCAGGACAUGUUCAGCGCACUGAAGCAGGCAAUAGUCAAGCUGCAAGCCAAGUUACACGAACCGAUUAAAAAGAAGUUCUAUCUGCAUAAAUCCUACACUUCGCACAUUCUGCCGCUCACCAACGUGUGCUUUGAUCGCAGCGGUGAGCGCUGCUUGACGGGCAGUUACGAUCGCACCUGCCAUGUGAUCAACACCAGCACUGGUCAGCUGCAGCAUAUGCUCACCGGCCAUGACAAUGUGGUGUUCUCAGUCGGCUUCAACGUGCCGCGCUGGUAAGUUUCAGUGAAUCUCUUAAAUUGUGCCUAAUUCUUGUGGGUGUUUAGCGACAAGAUCAUCACGGGCUCUUUUGAUGGCACUGCCAAGAUUUGGUCCGCAAGCAGCGGCCAGUGUCAGUUCACGCUGUAUGGCCACACAGCUGAAGUGGUGGCUGCCGAAUUCAACCCUGUGCAUGACCAGGACGUUGCAACGGCCUCUAUUGAUGGAACGGCACGCAUCUUCGACGCGGAAACGGCGCAGGAACUGCAGCAGUUGAGCCACCACGGCGCCGAGGUGAUAGCGGCACGAUACUCUCGCGACGGCCAGCUCUUGCUGACGGGCUCGUUUGAUCACACAGCUGCGAUUUGGGAUACGCGCAGUAAGAGCCACUGUCAUCAACUGCGCGGACACACUGCAGAAUUGUCCAACUGUGUUUGGAAUUUCAGCAGCACAUUGGUUGCGACCGGCAGCCUGGACCGCACUGCACGCAUUUGGGAUUUGCGUCGCCUGGACCAGGAGCUGCACUUGGUAUCCACGCACAGCGAUGAAGUGCUGGACUUGAGCUUCGACGCGGCUGGCAAACAACUGUCCACAUGCAGCAGUGACUGCACAGCGCGUGUUUGGAGCCUGGAGCCGUUCGAGAUGCUGUCCCUUAUGGCCGGCCACAGCGAUGAAGUGAACAAGGUGUGUUUCAGUCCUAGUGGUUGCAUGCUGCUCACUGCCUCGGCGGACAACACGGCACGCCUAUGGCUGACUGAGACGGGGCAGUGCUCCCAGGUUCUGAGCGGUCAUGAGUCUGAGGUUUUUAGUUGUGCCUACAGUUAUGCGGGGGAUGCAAUAUUAACUGCCUCCAAGGACAACACUUGUCGUGUUUGGAAGUGA